UCAGUUUUAGGGAUCCCCUUCACAACCAGCCAGAUUGCGGCUCUGCACGUAUGCGAACCGCUCGCAGAUAGAUACACCGGUGUCUGUCAGCCACCUCCGAAAGGGGAGAUAAGUGCUGUUUGUGCCUUUGUCCGUUGCAUCGUCGUCUUCGUCAUGACCGGUCUCAUAGUGUUGGUUGGUCGUUUUGCUUUCCCUUUCCCAUCGAUUCGGACGGAUCCCAGUGCAUUGGUCUUUCGAUCAGCAGGUCUCUCAAUUGGACUUUUUUUUUCUUAUCCCGACAAUCCUGAAAGAAUUUCAUUCAAUGGAUCCUUGCCAUCCAUAGGCGAUGAUGCUUCCCUGAAACGAAAAGGAUCCAAUGGAAUAAAUACCGCAGGAGGUUGUUUGCUUGUUUGCUCGGAUCUGUGA